CCUUAGACGACGACUGGUCAUGGCAUCUACGGAUGAAAGUUUCCCCCGAGGGGGAGUGAAGCCGAAACCUGAUGGGAAGAAAGCUGUCAAGAGGCCGUUAGAACAAGAUAACCUGUUUGACACGCGUGAUGAAGGAAGAGCCCGUAAAAGGAAAAAGAGCCAAAAUGAUCCCAAGAAAACGAAAACACCGAAGCCUGCAAAAAAAGAACCCAAAAAGUCUGAUGCUGAGCUUUUUGAACUUCUCAAUGUGGAGAACUUGAGCGAGGGGGUGCUUCUCCUGGGCUGUGUUAAAGAGUCGAACGAUUUUGAGGUGGUCAUCAGCCUGCCGAAUGGACUCCAAGGAUUUGUGCAAGCGACCGGCAUCUCCGACACCUACACCAAAAAGUUAGCUGAGCAAGUGGAGCGAGAAGAAUUCCUGGAGGAUGUGGUGCCCCUGUCAGUGCUGUGCCCGCCGGGCAUGCUGGUGCGCUGUGUCGUGAACAGCAUAAAAACCACCAAGAAGGGAAGCCGGAGCAUCAGGCUGUCCUUGAACCCCAAAGAGGUCAACAGAGGGCUGAGUGCGGGGACCCUGAAGCCGGGCAUGCUGCUCACCGGCACCGUAUCCAGCAGAGAGGACCACGGCUACCUUAUCGACAUCGGGGUCAGCGAGUCGAAGGCGUUCCUGCCUCGGAAGAAAGCCCAAGAGUACAUCAGGGUGAGGAACAAAGGCAAUGAACUGAAGUUGGGCCAGUAUCUGUGGUGCCGUGUCGAAGAGGUGAAAGGCAAUGGCAGCAUCAUCCGCCUGUCCAUCCAAUCGUCAGAGGUUGCAUCUGCCUUGGCAACUGAAGAACAGAAUUGGACCCUCGAUACCAUGUUACCAGGACUGGUGGUUAAAGCGGUGGUCCAGAAGGUGACCGCUCAUGGCCUCUCCCUGAGCUUCCUCUCCGUGUACAAUGGCCUGGUUGACUUUUUGCACUUGGAUCCCAAGAAAUCCCAAAGUUACGUUGCCGCCCAGAAGGUGAAAGCUUGCAUCCUCUCCGUUCAUCGGCAGACCAAGACCAUCCGGCUCACGCUGCGCCCUCCCUUCCUGCAGCCUGGCGUCCUGCUCAGCCAGCUGUCCAGUAAUCUAGUCGGGGCCGUGCUGGAGAACGUGACUGUCCAGUGCCUCUAUAAGAAAGCCGGUGCCACCUUCAAGCUGAAGGACAAUACUCUGGCCUUUGCCCGGUUCAAGCACCUCUCGAAUUCCAAGAAGGCCUUCAAUCCUGAGAAUUUCCUGCCUGGAAAAACUCACAGAUGUCGCAUCAUUGACCUCAGUCCAAUGGACGACCUGGUUUUGCUGUCCCUGAAAGAGAAAAUCAUCAGUGCUCCAUUCCUGCGAUACCAUGAUUUGCAGCCCGGGCAGCUGGUACAGGGCAUAGUGAUGGCUCUGAGGCCCUUCGGGAUGCUGGUGAAGGUGAGCCAGAACAUCAAGGGCCUGGUGCCCCUUCUGCACCUGGCCGACGUGAAGCUGAAGCAACCCGAGAAGAAGUUUCACCUCGGAGACGAGAUCAAAGGCCGGGUUCUGUCCUGCAAUCCCAACGUGAAGAAGUUGGUGCUGACGCUGAAAAAGACCCUGGUCAACUCCAGCCUGCCAGUCCUCACCAGCUAUCAGGCGGCCAAGCCUGAGCUGCAGGCUCACGGCUUCAUCUCCAAGAUCAAGGAGGUGGGCUGCAUUGUCAGGUUCUACAAUGAUGUGAGGGGACUGGUACCCAGGAGAAGGCUUGGAGUCGACUGUUCCGAGGACCUCAGCGCCGUCUUCUACCUCGGCCAGGUCAUCAAAGUGACGGUGGUGAACUGCAACCCUGACCAGGAGAGAAUGCUCCUGUCCUACAAGCCGACGAUGGACUCGGCCCAGAACGCGCAAACGACACAGAGCCAGGCCAAGACACCAGGAAUAGCUGGGAUGCUGGGACAGAUGGUGGACGUGAAGGUGGUGAAGAAGACGGACGCGGGGCUGGAGGUGUCCAUCCAGCCGGGAGACGUGCCCGCCUUCCUGCCCAAGAUCCACCUGUCUGACCACGUCUCCAACGGCCAGCUGCUGUGGCACUGGCUCCAACCGGAUGACAUGCUCCACAAAGUCCUCUGCCUGGCUAGCAGCGGGGGCCGCAACAUCCUCUCUAGAAAACCGGCGCUGGCCUCCGCCGUGCAGGAGGGCCAGGUGGCAAGAUGCUUCUCUGAUAUCCAGCCUGGGAUGCUGUUCACCGGCUACGUGAAGAACAUCAUGGAUUACGGAGUGUUUGUUGAGUUGCCCUUUGGCUUUACCGGACUGGCCCCUAGAGCGGCCAUGAGCAACAAAUUUGUGACCGAGCCGCAGGACCACUAUACCGUGGGGCAGACGGUGACUGCCCAGGUGACGAACGUGGAUGAGGAGAAGCAACGCAUGUUGCUGUCCCUGCGGCUGUCUGACUGCAACCCGGGAGACCUUGCCGCCGUGGGCUUCUCCCUGCUCCGCCAGUGCUUGGAGGAGCUGCAGGGUGUUCGGGCGCUCAUGAAAAACCAAGAAGACAACACACUGAUCCAGUUUCUGGCCAGUUUGACUCCAGGGCUGACGCUCAACUUGAUCGUCCAAGAAGUGCUUGAGAGCGGCUCAGUGACGUUCAGCGGGGGCCCCGUGCCCGGGCUGGUGCUGAGCGCCAGUAAAUACCACGUAGGAGGUACCAAGUUGGAGCCCCUGCAACGGGUGAAAACCGUGGUCUUGCACGUUGACACUCUCAGAUUGAAGGUUCAUGUUUCCCUCCGCCCAGAGCUGUUAGACAGAAAAGUCAAAAAGGUGAAAUUGAAUGACCAACACAAGGCCCUGGUGCAGCACGUGGAGAAGGAAUUUGUGAUUGCUUCAUUGGUGGAGACUGGUCAGCUGGUUGCUUUCCCCACUGCCUCUCACUUCAACGACACCUUCCGUUUUGACUCAGAAAAACUGCAGGUGGGGCAGGGGGUGUCCCUGACCCUUAGGACCACAGACCCCGGCGAUUUCGGCCUCCUCUUAGCCACCGAGGGGCCGACGUCCAAGAGGGCCGUGGCCAAGCCCCAGGAGAAGCUGGGGCCCACCGGAGAGGCGGUCAAGAAGCACGCCUUCUCCAUCGGGGAGUUGGUCAAGGGGACCGUGAAGUCAGUCAAGCCCACCCGUGUCAUCGUCGCUCUGGAGAACGGGAUCACGGGCUUCAUCCACGUGUCGCAGAUCCUGGAUGAAGUCCCCUUGGGCACCUGUCCCACCACCAGGCUGAGAGUCAGGAAGCGGAUUACCGGCCGGGUCAUCGGCGGGAAAGACAUGAGAACACACAGGUUCUUACCGAUCACCCAUUCGCAUUUCACUCGGACCGUCCCGGAGCUGAGCAUCCGGCCAAGCGAGCUGAAGGCAGCCAGUACCGUCCUCAACACCCAGUCCUACGGCCGCACUCAGAAAUUUCGUGGAUAUAAGGCAGGAAAGCAGGUGAUCUGCUUUGUGAAAAAGUACAACAUAGUGGAGAAACGUUUGGAAGUGGAAGUCUCCCCCGACAUCUUGGGGAGAGUCCCUCAGCUGCUGCUUUCCCUCAGCUACAAGGUCUUGAGGCAUCCAGAGAAGAAAUUCAAGGUUGGCCAGGCUCUGAGUGCCACUGUGGUUGGCACAGACUCCUCCAGACAGUUUCUCAACCUAUCGCUUACAGGUACCCACAACCUGAAGAAAGGGACCAUCACCAUGGGCAAAGUGCUAAAGGUGACCCCCAACGUGGGCCUAACCAUCAGGCUCCCUUUUGGGCAUGUCGGUCAAGUCAGCAUCUUUCAUAUCCAGGAUUCCUACUCUGCAGUGCCCUUGGAAGGCUUCGAGCCCGAGAAAAUUGUCAAGUGUUGCGUGCUGUCCACGAAGAGUACCAUGGUGGAACUGUCCCUUAGGCUCUCCAGAACAAAGCCAGGCAGCCAGAAAGAAGUGGAAGAUCGCGAAGUCACCUCUCUUGACGACGUCAAGGAAGGGGAGCUGCUGAGAGGCUAUGUGAAGUCAGUGGAGCAUCGAAGAGUCUUGAUCAGCAUCUCCUCUACAGUUGUAGGCCGAGUCCAGUCCCAGUGUGUCAGCCAGUACUUCGUGUCCAGUCCAAAACUUUACAGCAAGUACCUCCGUAAAGGAAAGCUGCUUACCACCAAGGUCCUGAGUGUAAACAAAGAGCAGAAUCUGGUGGAGCUGUCCCUUCUGCCCCAGGACACAGGGAAGCAGGAUGUCUUCCCAGCCUCUCUGAAACUGCCUCUUCAUGGCGAGGAGAAGGGCAAGGGGAAGGAGAAUCUGACCAAGGAGAAGAAGGAGACACUGAAGGACAAACGAAAGAGAGGAGAGUCGGAAACCAAGAAGGAAGAGAUGCCCAGAAAAAAGAAGAAAACUCAGGCGUCUGAGGAGGAUGAGGAGGACAGUGGAGUUGAAGUGUAUUACCGGGAGGGCAAGGAUGAGAAGGAGACAAGAGAAAAGCCUCAGAAAAAGCAGACCAAGCCUGCGGAGGUUCCAAGACUGCAGCUCUCUUCAGCCUUCGCCUGGGACGUGGGUUUGGACACACUCACUUCAGUCAUGCAGCCGAAAGAAGACAGUUCAGAAAGCGAGGAUGAGGAGCAGCAGCAAGUCACGCUGAAAAAAACCAAAAAGGACAAGGAAGCGGAGAAACAGAAGGCCGAGAAGGAGCUGUCCCGGAUCGAGGCCACCCUGAUGGACCCCUCGCGGCAGCCCGAGUCGGCGGACGACUUUGACCGCCUGGUCCUGAGCUCCCCCGAUAGUUCCAUCCUCUGGCUGCAGUACAUGGCCUUCCACCUGCACGCCACCGAGAUCGACAAGGCCCGGGCGGUGGCCGAGAGAGCCCUCAAGAUCAUCUCUUUCAGAGAGGAGCAGGAGAAGCUGAACGUGUGGGUGGCCCUGCUCAACCUGGAGAACAUGUAUGGCUCCGAGGAGUCGCUGACCAAGGUCUUCGAGCGGGCGGUGCAGUACAACGAUUCGCUGAAGGUCUUUCUCCAGCUGGUGGACAUCUAUGCCAAGUCUGAGAAAUACACGGAAGCCGAAGAGCUGUACGGCAAGAUGCUGAAGCGUUUCCGCCAGGAGAAGUCCGUGUGGCUGAAGUAUUCUGCGUUCCUGCUGCGACGGGGCCGAUUCGAGGCAAAUCACCAGCUGCUGCAUCGAGCGCUCAAGUGCCUCCCGGAUAAAGACCACGUUGAUGUGAUUUCCAAGUUCACUCAGCUGGAGUUUAACCUGGGGGACGCAGAGCGAGCCAAGGCCAUCUUUGAGAGCACUCUGAGCAACUACCCAAAGCGAACGGACAUCUGGUCUGUCUACAUUGACAUGACCAUCAAGCACGGGAGCCAGAAGGAAGUUCGGGACAUCUUUGAACGAGUUAUUCACCUGAGCCUGGCAGCCAAGAAGAUGAAGUUUUUCUUCAAGCGGUACUUGGACUAUGAGAAGCAGCAUGGCUCUCCAGAGACGGUGCAGGCCGUUAAGGAGAAGGCGGUAGAGUACGUGGAGGGCCAGAGCUCACUCCUCGAGGGCUAACACCGUCAGUGGACGGGCCCUCCCCGUCCCUGCGUGGGCAGCAGGGCAGCCGUCUGAGAGAGGCACCACCGGCCUCAGAAUGGUCCUUGUAACUGUUGUGAGGGAAGAGACUUUAAAUGUACCUUUUUUUUUUAACUGAGACUCAGGACUCUUUUGAUGCCCCCUGGAUUUGGAUUCAAAGCAGCACUGAAUUUCACAUGUGUAACCUUGAUCCAGUGACUUUUCCUAAUUAUGGACUGAAGAUGCCUAUAUAGGAGAUUGACGAAUUAAAAGAACUCCUUGGCUCUGCCCCCUCUCUCAGGGACUACAGUGGUUCCGAAAUCCAGCG